CUCUGCAACUCUCCGCAAUCGAAGUUUAGAUCUACUACUAGAAAGCAAGAGCGGAGAGUGUUCGAUACUCAUAAAAACAUGGUGGUGGUCGGAGACGUGAUUGUGACCAAGAUCAUCGAGAAGUUGGUGGAGAUCGGUUUCAACUAUGCAGCAGACCGGUAUUUUGCUCGGGAUACUAGGAUGAGAGUUGAGCUUGAAAGGCUCAACGAUGCUCUUCCUCGAAUCCAAGCUGUUGUGGAGAUGGCUGAAAGAGGGCAGCAAGAAAUUACUGGAGCACUCAAGAAAUGGUUGUGCCAACUCACUGAUGCGUUGGAUGAGGCUGACAACGUGCUUGAUGACCUUGAUUACCUUAAGCUGCAGAAGCAAGUUGAGGGGAAAGCCUCAGGCAGCAAAGGACAUGGUGAUAGUGGCAGGGGUGAAGUGCGUGGUCGUCUCUCCGACUAUAAACAGAAAGUUAAAAAAGCUAGUGAAAGGGUCUUCAAAAAAUCUGACCCCACCCUCGAGAAACUGAGGGGGGCUGUGAAAAGGCUAGAUAAAGUCGCAGCGGGCGUGGGAAAUUUCAUCUCUACACUACAACUACAAGAAUCCAGGCAACGACGUGAAACUGGACCAUCUCCAACUGAGAUCCGGGUUCCUGAUCGUAAUGCUGGACCAGCUCUAUCUACGGGAAAAGUGUUUGGACGAGAUGAAGAGAGGGAGGAACUGUUAGAGUGGUUGAAAAAGGAUGAGAGCAGUACAAGUGUAUCUCUUUUCUCCAUUAUUGGCCAUGGAGGAAUGGGCAAGACCACCCUCACACAACUCGUCUAUAAGGACGAGAGCUUAACUAAUUCCUUCGGUCGCAAAAUCUGGGUGACUGUCUCCACUGGCUUUGUUGUCGAAAAGGUCAUGGCAGAUAUAAUAGAAUCCGCCGAGGAAAAGAGACCUGAAGUCAGCGGACUUGACGCUCUGCAGGAAGCUCUUACGAAACUGGCAUCGUCCAAAAAAUUUCUCCUUGUCUUGGAUGACGCAUGGAAUGAUAACAAUCGUAUUGGGUGGGAUAAAUUGUUUGCUCCUUUGAGAAGCGGCCAUAAAGGAAGCAAAAUCUUGUUAACUACUAGAAGUGCGGCAGUUGCAAAAAUGGCCGCAUCGGCUUUGGGGGCUUUGGGGGGAUCAAUAAAUGAGCCAAUGAAACUGAAACCUUUAGAUGAUGACAACUUCUUAUCACUUUUCAAGCAACAUGCAUUUGCUGGGGUAGACUCUUGUGAUUAUGGGAAGUUGAAAUCCAUUGGUGAGAAAAUAGCAAGAAGGCUCGGGGGCUCACCAUUGGCUGCAAAGACUAUUGGAGCGGUAUUGAAUUCCAAGUUGGAUGAUAGUCAUUGGAACGGAAUUUUGCAUGCGGACAAUAUAUCCGAUAAAGCACAGGAGAGGGAUGGUGUGAUGGCAGUUUUGAUGUUAAGCUACCACCAUUUACCAAUGCACUUAAGACCAUGUUUUGCUUAUUGCAGCAUCUUUCCUCAAGAUUAUGGGUUCGAUAAAGAUGAUCUAGUCUUCAUGUGGAUGGCUAUUGGUCUCAUUAAAAAAUCUUUCCAAUAUCCAAACGAGACACUGGAGGACACUGGAAGGGGUUACUUCGAUGAUUUAGUGAAACUAUCAUUUCUCGAACAACGUUACUACGGAGGUGGCUACAACAUGCAUGAUCUUUUGCAUGAUCUAGUACGUAAAGUGUCUGAUGGUGAUUGCUUUAGAUUUGUCGGAGACAUGUCAAUUGACCAGAUCCCGAAUACGGUACGUCAUCUACAUUUUGAAACCGAAAAACUUGACCUUCUUAAAGAUGUGGGCAAAUGGAAGAAUCUCCGCACGCUUGUGUUAGUCUUCAGAGGAUAUGUUAAUGAGCAUGCUAAGGCUUUUGAAGAAGCGUUUAAGUCACUGGAAAGCAUUCGGGUGUUGCGCCUAGAUGUUGACGGCAUGAACGUAUUGCCAGAUGCAAUUAGUAACCUGAGGCAUAUUAGAUAUUUGUCGAGUCUUCAUGAUAUUUCUCGGUUACCUAGUUCAUUCUGUAGGCUCUACCACCUGCAGGUCCUUUACGGUCGUUUUUCUGCUACUGAGAGUACUGUUCUUGGCUUGAAUGGUCUUGUUAGUUUGAGACACAUGAUCCCAUGGGAAGUUUACUAUGAAAAAAUCGAGGGGAUCGGGACAUUAACUUCACUUCAAGGUUUGUCGUUCGCUGCUGAAGCUUACAAAUUGAGCGAAUUGAAGGAGAUGAGAGAUUUGCGGGAACUGAAGAUCCGUGGCCUUGAGAAUCACAAACAUCACGAGGAAGUCAAUACAAUCGAGUUGCAUCGUAAAAGGAACCUCCUCAAGUUAGAGCUGGUUUGGUCUGAUGACAGUGAUGUGGCGGAUGAGUAUGAACAGAUGCUUGAUCUCCUGAAGCCGCCUGAUAGCCUCAGGGAACUGAAAAUCUACGGGUACCAAGGCGCCAGGUCUCCACGUUGGAUGGAACCAGACCUAUUAAAAAAUCUGGAGCACGUGAGCCUUGAACGUGGCAGGGCAUGGAAGCACCUUCCUUCUCUCGGGAAGCUCCCGUACCUCAUGCGUUUGACAUUGAGGGGACUGCCAGCUCUUCAGCAAAUUAAUUGUGAAGGUGGCUUUCAACAACUAAAGUACUUGCGCAUCUCUCACUGUGAGCAAUGGGAGGAGUGGUGUGGAUUAGAAGCAGAGGCGGUACCCUGGUGCCCUCUCCUCAAGGAACUUGUCAUCUGGAAUUGUCCCAGACUGAAGGCGCUGCCCCCUCUGCCCCUCGGUCUCCAAUCAUUGGAUUUGAAAGACGUGGGAUUGUCUGAUUCCCCAACGUUCUGGGUGGGCAGCAACUGCAGUGGUAGCAGCCGCGGUGGUAGCUUUUCAUCCACGUCCUCUCCAUCCCUCUAUGAACUGAGAAUUAGACGGUGUGGAGAGCUGACAUCCGUGGCUGGCUUGUUCCGACAUCAUCUCACGUCUCUCAGGUGGUUGGCGAUUGAGAAUUGCCCUAAGCUGAGGAUGUCCCCAGACACAGUUACCCCAGCUGAUUGUUUCUCUCUCCCAUCACUCGAAUCCCUUUGGCUUGUUGAUUGUGGUGGAUCGGACGGUCCCACUCCUGCGUUAUUAAUGCAAAGUUCCCCUACUUCUCUUUCAACCCUUGUAUUAGGUGGAGAUAACCACAUAACCGCCUUUCCCUCCGACGUGGGGUGUGGAAGAUUUACUUCACUGAGGGAGUUGAGACUGGCAGGGUGUGGUGAGCUGGCAUCAAUUGAGCGCCUAAAGGCUCACCUUAAAUACCUAACCAUUAGAGAGUGUCCCAAGCUCGUGCGAGCAGCUGCGGAAACAACUUCAGCAUCAAUCGAGCCGGAAGAGGAGCAGGAGUUCACAUCGACUGUUGAAGGUCUUUACAUCGACGACCCGUUCCUGCUCCACGUAGAGCCAUUGAGAAGACUCACAUCUGUCAGGUGGCUAGAAAUAGAAGAUUGUAGUCAUCUGGAGGAUGCUCUCGCAGAGUCAUGGCUGUUGCAGAAUUCAACUUCACUGCAACGUCUCAUCCUGCGGGGUAAAGCAAAGUUCUUGCCUUCUAGCCUCCAAACUCUCUCUUCCCUCGAGUAUUUGGAACUUCGUGAUGCUUGUGAGCUUCAAUCACUGCCACAACUUCCUUCGUCCCUGCAGUGGCUGGAGAUCCGGGGCUGCAACGAGGCACUGAAGGAGCGAUGCCGGGAGAAUGAAGGUGCAGAUUGGCCCAACAUCCAACACAUCCCUAAGAUCGAUAUUGAUUAGCUAUUCGGUUGGAGCUUUCUUGAGACACGGAGCAGUUGCAUGGUUGUUGUAGGGUCUUGUGCCUCAAUAUAUUAACUCAUCAGUCAGAUUGACGAGCUCAGAGGCACCUCUACAGUCUGAUUCAAGAGAGGAUAAAGGGUAUGAUGAAUAUAAUUCAGUGGAAACAUAUUGAGCAAAUGAUAUACCAAAGGAGCAAUUUGUAUUUUUUUUAGUUUCUUGUGCAGUCUUUAUUAAUGUGUUUCAGCAUAAAAUGUGUAUUAAUAUUUUGUUAUGGAUACCUUGUCUCAGGUUCAAAGGUCAUGAUAUGUUGGCACUAUUUUUUGUUAUGUAUUAAUUUUGCAAAUGUGUGAGGUCUGUACUUUUAUCCAAGCUUGUAAAUGGUUCAGUCAUGAACUUGUCUGCC